AACAAGACAUCUCAACCACCAAAGCCAUGGCGUCCUCCCCGGUCUUCCUCCUCCUCCUCGCGACGAUCCUUUUAGCUGCGACAUACGCACAUGCGCAACACAACGCCCUGUCACCUCCACCGGCAGUGGCAGCAGCACCGGUAGAAUGUACUGUACCGACUCCAGAACCGGUAGCAUCAGGCCCGGUUUCGGUAGCAUCGCCCCCGACAUCAAUAGCAUUGGCACCAACACCGGCACCGGCAGCAUCGCCCCAGGGGCCGCUGGCACCGGUAGCAUCGCCUCCGACACCGGGAGCAUCGCCUCCGGUAGCAUCGCCCCCAACAACGGUAGCAUCGCCCCCGGCACCGGGAGCAUCGCCUCCGGCAACAUCGCCCCCGGCACCGGUACCAUUUCCUCCGACACCGGGAGCAUCGCCUUCAACACCGGGAGCAUCGCCUCCGGUAACAUCGCCCUCGGCACCGGUAGCAUUGCCUCCGACACCGGGAGCAUCACCUUCGACACCGGGAGCAUCGCCUCCGGCACCGGUAGCAUUUCCUCCGACACCGGGAGCAUCGCCUCCGACAGCAUCGCCCCCAACACCGGUAGCAUCGCCCCCGGCACCAGUAACAUCGCCCCCAACACCGGGAGCAUCGCCUCCGGUAGCAUCGCCCCCGACACAGGUAGCAUCGCCUCCGACACCGGGAGCAUCGCCCCCGACACAGGUAGCAUCGCCUCCGACACCGGGAGCAUCGCCUCCGGUAGCAUCACCCCCGGCACCGGGAGCAUCACCUCCGGUAGCAUCGCCCCCGGCACAGGGAGCAUCGCCUCCGGUAGCAUCGCCCCCAGCACAGGUAGCAUCGCCUCCGACACCGGGAGCAUCGCCUCCGGUAGCAUCGCCCCCAACACCGGGAGCAUCGCCUCCGACACCAGGAGCUUCACCUCCACCACCGGGAGCAUCGCCUCCGGUAGCAUUGCCUCCGACACUGGGAGCUUCGCCUCCGGGAGCAUCGCCUCCGACACCGGGAGCAUCGCCCCCAACACCUGUAGCAUCGCCCCCGGCACCGGGAGCAUCGCCUCCGACACCAGGAACAUCACCUCCGACACCGGGAGCAUCGCCUCCGGUAGCAUUGCCCCCGACACAGGUAGCAUCGCCUCCGACACCGGGAGCAUCACCACCGGCAGCAUCGCCACCUCCACCGACAGCAUCGCCACCGGGAGCAUCUCCUCCGACACCGGGAGCAUCGCCACCUCUAACGGUAGCAUCUCCCCCGCCACCGGCAGCAUCACCACCUCCAACGGCAGCAUCUCCACCGCCAUCGGCAUCAUCGCCACCACCACCGGCAGCAUCUCCCCCGCCGCCGGCAGCAUCUCCACCUCCACCUGCAGCAUCUCCCCCGCUCCCGGCAUCAUCGCCACCUCCACCGGUAGCAUCUCCCCCGCCACCGGCAGCAUCGCCACCUCUAGCGGCAGCAUCUCCACCGCCACCGGUAACAUCGCCACCUCCACCUGUAGCAUCGCCACCACCACCGGCAGCAUCUCCCCCACCACCGGCAGCAUCUCCACCUCCACCUGCAGCAUCGCCACCUCCUCCGGUAGCAUCUCCCCCGCCACCUGCAGCAUCUCCACCGCCACCGUCCGCAUCGCCAUCGCCACCGCCACCGACAACAUCUCCACCGCCACCGUCCGCAUCGCCACCACCACCUUCCGCAUCGCCCCCGCCACCAGCAGCAUCGCCACCUCCACCGGGAGCAUCUCCCCCGCCACCGGCAGCAUCGCCACCUCCACCUGCAGCAUCUCCCCCGCCACCGGUAGCAUCUCCACCACCACCGUCUGCAUCGCCACCACCACCUUCUGCAUCGCCCCCGCCACCGGCAACAUCACCACCUCCACCGACAUCAUCUCCACCUCCACCUGCAGCAUCGCCACCUCCUCCGGUAGCAUCUCCCUCGCCACCUGCAGCAUCACCACCUCCACCGGCAGCAUCUCCACCGCCACCGUCCGCAUCGCCACCGCCACCGUCUGCAUCGCCACCUCCACCGACAGCAUCUCCACCGCCACCGUCCGCAUCGCCACCGCCACCUUCCGCAUUGCCCCCGCCACCAGCGGCAUCGCCACCUCCACCGGGAGCAUCGCCACCUCCACCGGGAGCAUCUCCCCCGCCACCGGCAGCAUCACCACCUCCACCUGCAGCAUCUCCCCCGCCACCGAUAGCAUCUCCACCACCACCGUCUGCAUCGCCACCACCACCUUCUGCAUCGCCCCCGCCACCGGCAACAUCACCACAUCCACCGACAUCAUCUCCACCUCCACCGAAAGCAUCUCCACCGCCACCUCCAACGAAAGCAUCGCCACCGCCACACCCCACACCUCCACCUCCAACGAAAGGAUCGCCACCGCCACACCCUCCACCUCCAACGGAAGGAUCGCCACCGUCACACCCCACACCUCCACCUCCACCUCCAACGAAAGCAUCGCCACCGCCAGUGAAAGGAUCGCCACCGCCAUACCCCACACCUCCACCUCCAACGAAAGCAUCGCCACCGCCACUGAAAGCAUCGCCACCACCACACCCCACACCUCCACCUCCGACGGCAGCAUCGCCACCGCCACCGGCCGGUAGCAGCGAGCAGUGCACGCUGGGCGAUGUAGCUGAAUUUAGAGUGUGCAUCAAUAUCGGCCUAGGAAGUAUGGGCAUGGUCGGUAGAGACCUCUGCUGCCGGCGGAUCCGUGGGAAGCCGUCGUUCAAUGCCGCGAC